AUGCCGGUUCGGAAGGGGCUGCUUGCGCCCCAGAACACUUUUCUCGAUACAAUUGCCACACGAUUCGAUGGCACACAUAGCAACUUUGUGUUGGGCAAUGCACAAGUGCCUUCGUACCCUAUCGUAUACUGCUCCGACGGUUUCUGUGAGCUGACAGGCUGGGCGCGCGCUCACAUCAUGCAGAAGGGAUGCGCGUGCAAGUUCCUGCACGGAUCAGAUACAAGUGAGGAGCACCGCCGUGAAAUAGACGCCGCCUUGGACUCUAAGCACGAACUAAAGCUUGAAUUAAUAUUCUACAAAAAGACUGGCUCUCCAUUUUGGUGCUUGCUCGACAUCGUUCCAAUUAAAAAUGAAAAACGUGAAGUGGUGUUGUUCCUUGCUUCGUUCAAGGACAUUACGAAUACAAAAAUGGCCGCCAUGAACACUAAUGAGGAGUUCGAUAGCGCGGCACUUUUGGGCGCCCGGUUUCGAGCUGAAUCUAGUUGCCUACUUCCAGACCCUAAUGGCAAUCUUGACCCCGAAGCGCCUUCGCCCGCCAACAUGGGCAGGCGGCGCUCAAGGGCCGUACUCUACCAGCUUUCAGGACAUUAUAAGCCAGAUAAGAUGAAGACAAAGCUUAAACUAAAUAAUAAUCUGCUCCACUCGUCGGACCCUCCUUUGCCGGAGUACAAAACGUCAGCAAUAAAAAAGUCGAGAUUUAUUAUCUCGCAUUAUGGCGUUUUUAAAACCUUCUGGGACUGGCUAAUCCUUAUAGCUACUUUUUAUGUAGCUGUAGUAGUUCCGUACAACGCUAGCUUCAUGGAUGAAGGGCAUCCGAGGAUAAGCGUGACCAGUGACGUCGUCGUCGAAGCUCUUUUCAUCAUUGACAUAGUGCUCAACUUCCGGACGACAUUUGUCAGUAAAAAGGGAGAGGUCGUAUCUGAUUUUAAAGCGAUAGCUCUUAAUUACAUCCGGUCCUGGUUCGUGGUGGAUCUCUUAGCCGCGCUUCCGUUCGACCUACUUUACGCCUCCGACGUCUAUAGUGGAACAGAAUCGACUCACGGUAACGUUCACUUAGUCAAAUUGACUAGACUCCUUAGGCUUGCAAGGCUGCUGCAAAAGAUGGACCGUUACUCGCAGUACUCGGCUUUGAUACUUACACUAUUGAUGCUCUCGUUUACUCUGGUCGCGCAUUGGCUUGCAUGCAUUUGGUUUAUCAUAGCCGAAAAGGAAAUUGAGAAUCACAGAAAUGAAAGUUGGGACUUGGGAUGGAUUAACAAUCUAGCGGAGAGAUUGAAAGUUCCGAUAGUUAAUAUAUCUCACAGUGAGAGUUACGUGACAGCGCUUUAUUUUACAUGCUCCUCAUUAACGAGUGUAGGUUUCGGCAAUGUAUCAGCUAACACUUUACCUGAAAAGGUUUUUAGCAUAUUGACAAUGUUAAUUGGAGCACUUAUGCACGCUGUAGUCUUUGGAAAUGUUACUGCUAUUAUUCAGAGAAUGUACUCAAGACGGUCUAUGUACCAAAGCAAGUGGCGUGAUCUUAAAGACUUCCUCUCCCUUAAUCAAAUACCAAAGGAACUGAAGCAACGAAUGCAGGAUUACUUUCAAACUAUGUGGUCGCUUAAUCAUGGAAUAGACAUUCAUGAGACUUUAAAAGAAUUUCCAGAAGAGCUCAGAGGCGAUGUUUCUUUACAUCUGCAUAGAGAGAUUUUGUCCCUUCCCAUUUUUGAAUCUGCAUCCCAAGGUUGUCUCAAAUUGCUAUCGUUGCAUAUCCGGAAUAACUUCUGUGCUCCCGGCGAGUACUUAGUACAUAAAGGAGACGCUUUGACUUAUAUUUACUAUAUAUGCAACGGUUCUAUGGAAGUGAUGCAAAACGACAUGGUCGUUGCUAUUUUAGGAAAAGGUGAUUUGGUAGGGUGCGAUAUGAACACGCAUUUACACGCUUUCAAUGGAACAGGUACCCAGCCAAACAACCCUGAUGUGGUUGUGAAGUCAAGCAGCGACGUUAAGGCUUUAACAUAUUGUGACCUGAAAUGUAUUCAUAUGGGCGGUUUGGCUGAAGUACUUAGACUUUACCCUGAAUAUCAACAAGAAUUCAUACACGACAUACAGCACGACUUGACAUACAACCUAAGAGAAGGUUACGAAGCGGAACAAGAAUCGGAUGGAAAUGGUCAUCCUUCACUCACUCUCCCAUCCAUAUCUGAAGAUGACGAGAACGUUGCAGAAGAAUAUACAGUAUCACCAAAAAAACCACCAAUUACUACUACAAGUAGCCCUCGUCACAAAUUUAGAUCUGAUAGCCAACGUUUAACUCAUAGAGAAUUACGCGAAAAAAUAGAACGACAACGCAGUGUCGUAACUCCCAAAGUAGGAAGAGCUGAUUCAUUAGAGGGUUUGAACCUGGAAGUACAUAAUACCAGGUCAUCCGUUGACAGACUAGACACGCAAGUUUCUAGUCUACAUCAUGACGUUGCCGCCUUAAGUAUGGAGGUUCGUAACGCUAUCCAGGCGCUCCAAGAAAUGACUGGCCCUACCGGAUGGCAUGCUGCUCACUCCAAUCCGAACCUUCAAUGGAACGCACCUCCUAAUCAACUUGCUCGAAGCUGUAGCCAUCCUCCUGACGUAUUUUGUUGGGAUCAGCAAGAGAGACCAAUCACGCCGGAAAGACCGAAGAUCCAUCGCAGCACACAAACGGAACCUUUCCUGCAUUCUGUUACACAGUAUAUAAUGGAGCAUCCUGCUACGGUGAUGCUGCUCUUAGGCAUAGACCCGAUGGCCAAUCUUGCCCCCGUAAUGCCGCCGUCUGUCGAGUUCUACGACACACGUGGGCGACGGCCUAGCGCGCUAGAGCAGAUUAUAGAGACAGAGAACGGGAGUCAGACCCCGUCCAGCACAGCCAGUGAUAAAUUUGAACUAAAUAGAAGUUUCAGUGGGAGUGCCAAAGAAAUACAGGUACAACAAGAAAUGCAAGAAAAAGUAGACAAAGACUAUAGAGCUUCAAUUUUAAAAAGAAACAGAUAUUCUGCCAGUGAUAUUUGUGAAGCAUCCGAAAGAUUGCUGCCGUUAAAAGGAUCGCAGCCCAGUACUUACAGUCUUAAAGCUAAUAUUAAUGGU